AUGACAAAAUCAAAUAUAACGAGUCUUCCAAGUCUGCCAGCAGAAGCAAUCCGUUUGUCCAAUCUCCUUGAGGCCUUCUUUCAAGAAGAGAAAUCGUGGACUGGUCUUUUGCUCCCCGACCAGAGAGUUUUGAUUACAUUUAUCGCGCAAAACUAUGACACGCGGUCUACUCCCAAUAAAUCAGCUACCCAAUCGGACAAUGGGCCUGCCUACUAUCCUAGAACAUGGAGACGCAAGAAGCACCAAGUGAAAAAAGCGAUUCAAAGAACGGUUGAUCUAGCCUCGUCGCUACUGGAGCGAAGUUGGCGAUCACAACUUGGGGCAAAAUCACUGCUUGACCUACCUGCCGAACUGAUGCUUCUCAUUGAGCGUGAGCUAUCAGACAACGAGCUUUACAAUCUUUGCCGAGCAAAUCGUGAUCUCUAUCACUUCUUAGGUGCAUACCUUUGCCGGCGAGGUAUACAGGACUUGCGUGCAUUUGAACGAAGCCUGGAAAGGAAUAAGAAAGAGUCAUUCAUCAAGGCAAUCGAAGUACUCUCUGAUGUCUCGGAAACAGCGCUGUGGAGUGCAAGCAAACAAUUGUAUUAUAUGUUUUUAGUUGGUAAAGACGGCUUGCUCGGAUGGGCAUUGAUGGAACUUAUUCUGACCAUCCAAAAAAACGAGCACGACGAGUGGAAAUCCGUCACGAACUGUUUGAAGUGGGAGGCUGACCCCAACCAUCGUUUUGAAGACGGCGUUCUGUGGAUGCGCGAUCCAAUCAAAUCAUCGACGGCAUAUUACCCAAGCUGGGAUCUAGAAAAUACACAGAAACAACAAGCAAGAGCAUAUCGGCACGUCAAGCUACUACUUGCCUAUGGGGCUGACCCAAAUUCUGUGGGGUCCCUAUCGGUAAUGGAUUCGAUGCUUCAUUUAGCAUGCCUGCAUUAUCAACCCAAAAUCGGGCAGGCACUGCUCCAAGCAGGCGCAGACCCCAGUGCAAAAGACGCGCACGGCCGCACCCCCUUGGGUAUGGUAUUUGUAGGGUGUCAGUUCAAGUCAAGCAAUCCGGAUACUACUCUACUUGAAUUUCUUCUUGCAGACCCAAGGAUCAAACUUGAUGAGCGGGACAAUUAUGGCUGUACACCAUUGGGCAUUGCUAUGGGUUGUAAUUCCACCUCGCCAAUCGUUCUUAGAUUUACCGAGAGAGUUGUUCGCAUGCCAGAUGAGGUCGAUAUCAAUUCCCAAGACAACCAGGGGAGGACACCGCUUUGUUACUGCAUCGCCACUAACAAGUACGAUAUCACCCGACUCCUCCUUGCACAGAAUAGGCUUGAUCCGAAUCUUGGUCCGACUGAUAAUUUUCCAUUAUUACUUGCUGUUACAAGAGACAGUGGAACCUUGGAAUAUUUGCUAGAAUUGAAGCGGCUUGACGUCAACAAGCAAACCAACACAGGACAAACUGCCCUGUUGAAGGCAAUUGAUGUAGGCAAUAGGGAGGUCAUUAAGAUGCUUGCUAAAGCUGGUGCCAACCCGGAUAUUGGAAUGAGCGAAGGUGAAACAGCACGGCAGCAAAUAUUAGCUGCAGGUAUUCGGGUCAAAUGGAAGACUUGCCCGGUAUGA